CAGCGGGAAAUCGAAAGAUUUCAACGAAUGGCUAAAUGAUGUCCGCAUGGCAGCUAAUGGGGCAAACCUGUUGGAACAAUUUGAAGAGAGCGGGAGCUUGGAGAUCCCCGUCAACGGCGGAAAGAGCAAGUUUUCGCUGUCACAGCAGUACCGGAGCGAGCAAGUAGAGCUCGCAUUCCACGCGUGGAACUUCCUGUCUCACGCGUUGAAAGAAAAUGAUCAAAAAAAUCAUGAAGAGGGCAGAGACGCCCCAGGGAGCUCUUCGUGAGCUCAAGACCAUACACGACCCUGAAUCAUCUGUAAAGCCGUCAGAGGACCUCAAUUCCCUGACGUCGACCAAGAUCUCUAGAGGUGUGAAAACCCCCAAAACGCCCUAAAUGCCCUAAAUGAGAUGCUCCAAACCGCAAAGUCCUUAACCGAGAAAGGAAUAACUGUCAACGAAACGUUCGUCCUUCACCUCUUCCUGGAUGCCCUUUCGGACGAGUAUGCCACCACAAAGCACAACCUGCGACACGCGAAGGAGUUGACGCGGACCGGUGUGCUAAAGGAAGUAAUGAUCGAAUACAAGGCGAUCAAGGACAAGCUGGAGCAGGGGAAACGAAAAGGGGCGAAGGGCGCAGAGCAAGCGUACUUCGCCGACGGUGAGGGCCGCAAGGAGCGGUACUCAAGUAGGAGUCAGGGGCAAGGUCGUGGUCGUGGCGGCGGCCGUGGCCGCAGCAGUUGUCGUGGCCGCGGCGGAGGCGGUCGCGGCGGCGGCGGCGGCGGUCGCGGCGGCCGCUCAGGCGGAUCCGGAGAAGUCGAGGAGAGCAAGGGAAGCAGCAGUGGAGGCGCCGAUGGCGGCGGUGGCGGGAAAUAUAAGUUCCCGGGCCGGUGCUUUAGGUGUGGACAUCGUGGACAUCAAGCGAUCGGCUGCACUACCAACGAGAAGGACUUCGUGCCGUGGUGUGCGCGCUGCGAGGGGUGGG